CAUGCUUCCCAGUGACAUUCGCAGGCUGUGAGAGGGAGCAGCGCUGCCGCCCGCCCAGCGUGUGCCCGCGGGUGCCGAGUGCCGCCCGAGCAGCGCUGCGCCCCGCGCCCGCGGGGGAUGGGGCAGCGCCCGGCCCCGCAGAGCCCCGAGCCCCGAGCCCGGCGUGCCUGAGCUCGGAUCACGCUGCUGGGCUCGCCGCAUCACUCGUGCUCCUCUCGUGUCUCUCAGCUUCUCGCCCCCGGGCCGUGGCCUCCAGCCGCGGGGUCAGACCUCUGGCCGCCCCACCCUGGCCGGGGCUCCUGCGUGAGCUGCGAGCGGUGCUCUGCUGGAGCCUGGGGAUCUGCAGUGGGUGAUGCAGUGGGAGCCGUGUGGUGCCUGGCUGGGGAUGCUGUGGGAAUGCUUGGCUCUCUGAGCACAAAGUGACUGCAACUGACACGAGCUUGGGACUACUUCUCAGAAGAUGCCCUCCGUGUCUCCGGUCAUUCCUCUCCGGCCUCACCGCAGAAUAUUUGGAGUUGCUAGCUUUCUUCUGCCGAGGGGGGACAAAGGCAGGGGCCUUCAGAGGGUUAAGAGCAUCUGCUUUUACGCCAAGUGUUUGAGCAGGAAAUAAUCUGCAGAGAUACAUGUGCAGCAAUUCAACCGCUGCUGCUCUCGUAGGCUGCUGCUGCAGUUCGGUGUGUGAGAGGAACCGUGCUGCUCACAGAAGAUGCCUUCUUGGUGUGUCCGAAUCUCCAGGCAUGGCAGCAGAGCCCCGGCUGUCUGAGCUGGGGUAAAUGUCUCCAUCCAAGAGGAAUUAUGUUGACUUGCUGGCUCUGUCGGCUCACGGAGGACUGGGAGAUUACUCAUGAAAGAAGCCUAGUUGUGCCCCUUCCCUGUGUGGCUACAUCGAACAGCUAUGUCUGGAUCUGUGCUCCCAUCCUGUCUACUUCCCAAACUUGGGAACUGUUUUUCCUCAAAUCCAAUCAAAGAGGUUUCCCCAGCAUGUUCAGCCCAGUGUCAUCCCCAGGCUCAGAGUGCUUUGAGAAGAGCCCACUGAAAUCCUGCUAGGAGGGGCCUGAGCCACAGGCAGAACAAACCUGCCCAGCUCAUCACCAAACCUCCUUUGGAGCAGCUGCCAGAGGGGCUGAAUUCCCUGUUUCCUGCUGUACUGCCCAGAUCCUGUUCCAUGUGGGCAAGGCUUGUUUACACCCGUGUCCCCGUGGUUCCGCGUGAGAUCCUCACCCUGUGCAUCCAUGGCCUCUCCCUUCUCCUGUCCCAGCUAGCAGCGCGCCAUCACCACCCACCAGAUGUGCAAGUGGCUGCAAAGAGCUCCCUUCCCUGAGCACAGGUGCUCUCUUUCAAGAAAAAACCCUAAGACCUUCUGUCUCAAAGGACUGACUCUAAAAGACUUGCAAGGAAAACCUAUGGCAGUUUGCAGUACUGGACGAGUUUCACUUUUCCCAAAGUAAUAUGAGAGCAGAAUGGUGAACUUGGAAACCAGCUGGAGAUUGAAAAGUCUCUUUUCCCUUGAGGUUGGUGGUCAGUGGUCAUCCUCUACCACACCCAAGGAAACUAGAAGAGCUCCACACUAACUUCUGUAAGGUCUCCUUCACUAUGGAAGAUCAAAUUAUUUUCUGGCUCAGGUUUUGUGAUGUUCGGCAUCUGCCUUGGACCUGGAAUUUGGAAAAAGGAUCGUCUCUGAAGCACAGUUAAGAGACAGAGAAACCAGCCCCAGACAAUGAGCACUUUAAGUAGCACUGGAAUAUUGCUCAGCUUAACAACAGUGUCGGUUACACUGGAUUUUAGUUUGCAUGGUGGUCUGAUGGCUUGGUCCUUAAGCAGCAAUUUGACUCUGAACCAGAGUUUGCCUACAUCUGAUACUCUUAACACCUCUGAGAAGGCUGAAGUCUCUCGGAUGUCCCUGAGGGAGAAGAAUUGGCCAGCCCUGCUGAUCUUGGUUGUCAUCCUGCUGACCAUUGGGGGGAACAUACUGGUAAUUAUGGCUGUGUCCUUGGAGAAGAAGUUGCAGAAUGCCACAAACUUCUUCCUGAUGUCGCUGGCAGUAGCAGACAUGCUGGUGGGUAUCCUGGUCAUGCCCGUGUCGCUCAUUGCAGUCCUGUAUGAUUACGCUUGGCCUUUGCCUAAACAGUUGUGCCCUAUAUGGAUUUCCCUAGAUGUACUCUUUUCAACUGCAUCUAUUAUGCAUCUCUGUGCCAUCUCUCUUGAUCGGUACGUAGCAAUUCGCAAUCCCAUUGAGCACAGCCGCUUCAAUUCCCGCACCAAGGCCAUUAUGAAAAUUGCUGCAGUUUGGACCAUAUCCAUAGGGAUAUCUAUGCCUAUUCCGGUUAUUGGUUUGCAGGAUGAUUCCCGGGUGUUUGUAAAUGGGACCUGCGUCCUUAACGAUGAGAACUUCGUCCUCAUUGGAUCCUUCAUGGCUUUCUUCAUCCCUCUCAUCAUCAUGGUGAUCACAUAUUGCCUGACUGUUCAGGUGCUGCAGAGACAGGCCACGGUGUUCAUGUGUGGAGAGGUGCCCAAGCAGAGGAGGAGCAGCGUGAACUGCCUCAAGAAGGAAAACAACACAGAGAACAUUUCAAUGCUUCACAAUCAUGAGGGGGCCUCCCACUUGAACUCCCCUGUAAAUAAGGAGGCAGUGCUUUUCCGGAAAGGAACGAUGCAAUCCAUCAACAAUGAGCGAAGAGCCUCCAAGGUCCUGGGCAUUGUCUUCUUUUUGUUCCUCAUCAUGUGGUGUCCGUUUUUCAUCACUAAUGUCAUGUCUGUCCUUUGCAAGGAAGCCUGCGAUAAAGACCUGUUGAGUGAGCUCCUUGACGUGUUUGUUUGGGUUGGGUACGUGUGCUCAGGGGUCAAUCCCCUGGUGUACACCCUCUUCAACAAAACCUACCGCAGGGCUUUCUCCAAUUACAUCCGCUGCCAAUAUAGACCUGGUAAAAAAUCAGCAUUGCGGCAGAAUCAGUGUCUGAACGUGGCUUCAACAGCUUUGUAUGGCAAAGACCUGACUUUAACUAGUUAUCGAAAUGGCAAUGAAUUCAAUAGUAUGGAACUAGAUGAAGCUGAGGAGGGCCUUGAGAUGCAACCAGGGACUUCAGAGCUCUCCAUAAACAGCUGUAAUGUUGUAAGUGAACGAGUGAGCUGUGUGUAAAAGAGACUCUCACAGACCUUUGCUACAGUGUAUCUGUAGCCAAAAUAUAUUGUGUAAAAAUGUAAGUGUCAGUCAAAGGACAAUGUAAAUAUUGCAUUCUGAAAAAGCUUUUGGGUUUUUUUAAAGAGAAAAAAGAAUUGUCUUUCCAGUCCAGUACUUAAAAUAAUAUAUAUUAAUAUACUGCAGUGAAGUUUAAGGUUCUAUAUUUACUGUUAAUACUAGAUCAGAACUAUUAGUUACUUUGCAUAUGUCAUGGACAAAAUGUUUGAAUUCUUCUUCCAGUGCAUGAACAAAAAUGCUGAAUAUUUAUCUCAGGUGGAAUUUGCUGGAGUCCAGAAUGGCACGUUAAUAGUUAUAUAUCAAAUACAUGCUAUUAGACUUGGUCAGUAUAACUUUCUUUUUCAAGUUGACAGUAAAUAUAUACUUUAAAUCCUCACCCCUAUUUGUGCCGUGUAAAGACUUUACAGAAACCUGGCAGAGAGACAUCACAACAGCGUAGUGGCCGUGCAGGCACUGGCCAGACAUGUCCUGUUAUGUGUAAUGGCUUCUGCCAUACUGUGUCAGUCUUGCACUUCAAGGGACCUUUGUCAGAUUCUGGCUCCCUCUCCAAUCCUGCUGGUUUUUUUCCAUUCCUCAGGAGGCUUUGGCUCCCCUAAGAAAGGGCAGGGAAUGUGGUUUUGCAGUCCUGCCUGGGAUCAAUCUCAGACUUGGAGGAGAAUUGUGAGAAGCAGAGCAACCCCCAGUUAUCUACUUCAAACACUGAGUAAAUGGAAGGCCUAGGACUCAUUAAAAGCCCUCCUCUGGUCUUGCAGACAACCAUCAGCUCUGGGAUAGAGCAGGCUGUGCUCAGCGUGGCCAGCACUGCCUUCACAGUUUGCUGGAGGACCAGGGGCUUUGGCUUAUCUGGUCUGGCUUUGGAAGAGCCAAAUCUCUGCUCUUCUCACUCCUCACAUCUAGUUAUUCUUUAGCUGGGUUAGCAUUUGCUUUUAUUUUCCAGCACAAUACUGGUGACAAAACACUUGUUUUGGGCACAGAGUAGAAGGUUCUCUGUGUGUGGUGCUGGCCAGGAUCAAGCUGUGAGGAGCAGGAUGUGCCUGCCUGGGGAAUGCUGGAGAGAGGCAUAAGAGAGGGUCCCUGCUCCUGUCUCAGCAGGGGGUGGGCAGAGAUGAACAGAGCAUGUGAUGGGAAUCAUUUGCUAGUGACACGGUUCUAAGGCAAAUUAUGACUAUGGACAGCAGGGAAGCAGACCUGGUGCUAGUCUGCAUAGAGUAUGAAUCUGGAGUAACUUUAAAUUUUGAUUUAUUCCAUUUUACUCCCAAAGUAACAUAUUAACAUAUCAUAUUAACACCACUUGCAUCUUUAAUGAAAGCAUCCACAUUGGGAUUGAAUGUAUUUUAAGUAAUCUGCUUUUAAUACACACCAUGUAUAAUAUGAAUCAAUUUUCCUCUGCAUUCCUGUGUACACAAACCCUCCAAGGCACUCUGUCUUUCUGGCACUGUGCCUCUGGGGUGAUGCCUCUCAUGCAGAUUUCCUAAUGUGGAGUAUUGUUGAAUGCCAGAUAUCACCCAUAAGGUUUUUUUUUAAUCUUCAUUAACUGCUACACAGAUGCUACAGUGCCCAUCUAACAUAGAUGCAUUUAGCAUCACUGACAGCCUCUGGCUAAGAUAAUUGUCAGAACAGAGAAGCUUACACUAGGCAUGGAUAAAUCACAUUUUAUUUACAUGAAUUGCUUGUCCACUCAGCUUGCUGUGUUCAUUCCAUUAAAACUAAUUUGUAGAAGAAAUAGAAAAUUCUGCCAGUGCUUGAGGUGGUGUUGUGCUAUUGCAUGGCUGUGUGCAGCUACAACCUUGCUGAGGCCACUACUAAAACACAACAUCUGGGUUGUAUCUGCUGCUGGGUUGAUCCCAGAAUGAUGCACUGAAGUUGAUCAUCUUUUCUCCCUCAUCCCCUCCUGGGAUAAAUCCAUAGUACUUCCUGAAGGCAGAAGAGGUAUCCCAGUGGCAGAAGGCAGCAGACCUGCUCCAUGUGCCAGCCUGCAGAUACCACCAUGGGCUUGAAUGCUUGGGAAUCCACUUGCCUCUCCCAAAAGGUCAGGUAGUCAGCAGGAAAAUCACUGGCCAGAGACACAGUUGCACCUUCAGCAACUGCCCUUUACCCCGAGUCAGAUUUUAUUUUCUCAAAAAGUACAGAAAAAAUCAGAAAAAUCACAGUGCAUUUUAAUUUUUUCCCCCUCUCUUCCAAAUGUGAAUAUGUGUGUAUAUAUAUAGACAUAUAGAUAUAUAUAAGUACAGACACAUAUAAGUAUAGACACAUAUAUAUAUAAAUACAAACUCACACAUUUGUGUGAGUUUGUGCUUAUAUAUAUAUACACACACACACACAUAUAUAUAUCUUUAAGAACCAACCACAGACUUUGAAAGCAUUUAGCAAUAAGCUGAAUUACAGUAGCUUCUAGCACAUGUGUAAGUUGUGUGAAUAGCUCAUUUUCCACCUGGAGCUCAGUGUAAGUGUUCACACAGGCAUUGUCUUCACAUGGGAGCCCUUAUGUCUCACCCUUGCCUGUUCUGUUGUAUGGGCAAAAAGGGAACCUGCUAUAUUUCAAUGUAAAUAAUGAGAAUUGAACAGAGAAUUUUCAGAGUUUUUAUAAGUGUUUUUAAAAAAAAUCAGCACCAGAACUGUAAAUAUGCCAACCUCAGCCGGACCCGUUCUGAUGUCCAUCUCUUGUCUGGAUGAAGAGCCAAGGGGAUUGACUGCCUUACAGCACCUGCAUUAUUCCCAGCCAGCAGAGGAGAGGAUUUCUCUGAAUGGUUAAAUACUGUCACAUACCCAACUUUCUUUGGGUCAUUCACAUCAGGGUUUUGUGAUGCUGCUAUUAAUUUAUUAAAGAAAGUUUGUUGGUUUAA